CCCAAGGGCCAAGGCAACAAAGUGCAAAACGGAUCUGUGCAUCAGAAGGAUGGGUUGAAUGAUGAUGACUUUGAGCCCUACUUGAGUCCCCAGGCCCGGCCGAAUAAUGCCUACACUGCAAUGUCCGAUUCCUACUUACCAAACUACUACAGUCCCUCCAUUGGAUUCUCCUACUCCUUGGGCGAAGCCGCCUGGUCGACGGGGGGCGACCCCCCCAUGCCCUACCUGACGUCGUACGGACAGCUGAGCAACGGGGAGCCGCACUUCCUCCCAGACGCCAUGUUCGGGCAGCCAGGGGCCCUCGGCAGCACUCCAUUCCUCGGGCAGCACGGCUUUAACUUCUUUCCGAGCGGGAUUGACUUUUCGGCUUGGGGGAAUAACAGUUCUCAGGGACAAUCCACUCAAAGCUCCGGCUAUAGCAGCAAUUACGCCUAUGCCCCUAGCUCGUUAGGUGGAGCCAUGAUCGACGGGCAGUCGGCUUUUGCGAAUGAGACUCUCAACAAGGCUCCUGGCAUGAACACCAUCGACCAAGGGAUGGCGGCCCUGAAGCUGGGCAGCACAGACGUGGCAAGCAGCGUCCCGAAAGUUGUCGGUUCGGCCGUCGGUAGUGGAUCCAUUACCAGUAACAUCGUGGCAUCCAACAGUUUGCCUGCGGCCACUAUCGCUCCUCCAAAGCCGACCUCCUGGGCUGACAUCGCUAGCAAACCCGCUAAGCAGCAGCCCAAGCUGAAGACCAAGAACGGCAUCGCAGGUUCAAGUCUUCCUCCGCCUCCGAUAAAACAUAACAUGGAUAUUGGAACUUGGGAUAACAAAGGGCCGGUGGCAAAAGCUCCCUCGCAGGCCUUGGUUCAGAACAUUGCAGG